GAGUGUAGCUGCCAACUCCCAACCAGUAUAUGAAUCGUAGUGCAACAUGAAAUCGGUGUUUAGAAACGCCGCCUUCGCUGCAAUCUCAGUGUCCCGCUCGUCCUCCUCCUUAAACCCUAAACCCAUUUCUCUCUGCUUGUCUCUCUCACUGUUUUCUCCUCCCAAAUUCCCUCUCAUUUCCAACUCCAUUCCCAAAAACGUAACGGUUGCGGGGCUCAGCUCGAUUCGCCGCUGUUCUUUCAGUUCUGCAACGUCAAUGACGACUGCGCCCGAAGGUGAAGCCCAUGCUCCUCCCUCACCCGCUUCUGAUAAACUUGAGAAACAGUUCGAGGACUUUCGGCACCAUCUAGAAGAUUCUGGAAACUUACGCGAACGGAUUCGUGCUGUCGCCACGGAAAUUGACUCCACUACCAGGCUCAUGCACUCUAGCCUCCUUCUCGUUCACCAGACCCGCCCCAUCCCAGAGGUCCUGGAGAAGGCAACGGGCCAGAUUGAUGUGCUGAGAGAUCUUUUUAGUAGGAUUGCGGAAAUUAUCCGUGAAUGCCCUGGGCAGUACUAUCGGUUUCAUGGGGAUUGGAGGAGUGAGACCCAGACUGUAGUCUCGUUGCUAGCUUUUAUGCAUUGGUUAGAAACUGGGACGCUUCUUCUACACGCUGAAGCUCAGGAAAAACUCGCAUUAAAUUCUUCAGAGUUUGGGCUAGAUGUCGAAGACUAUCUUAUUGGAAUUUGUUUUAUGUCUAAUGAAUUGCCUAGAUAUGUGGUGAACCAAGUCACUGCUGGAGAUUAUGACUGUCCUCGCAAGGUCUUGAAGUUCUUAACGGAUCUGCAUGCAUCGUUUCGCAUGCUUAAUCUCCGGAAUGACUUUUUACGCAAGAAGUUUGAUGGAAUGAAAUAUGAUCUUAGAAGAGUGGAGGAAGUGUAUUACGACGUGAAAAUUCGAGGCUUGGCAACCAACGGCGAGUUAGACGGAGAUAAAGGAAUAAAAGAUCAAACUUAACUUGCUUUGCUUUUGCUCAUUCCUUAUACUGUUUUUGAUAUGAGCCCAAUGAUUUUUUUUUUUUUUUUUUGGGGUUGGUGUUGGAGGGUGUCUACCUUUCAAAUUUUAUACCAUCUAGGAUGUAAUUUAUAUCUUUGCAAUUAUGUUAUAUUCAUGAUCUUUUGCAUA